AUGCCGGCGCCAGCUCAAGGAACGGCCGACACCAAGGCUACAACGCACACAUCGAGUCCAGCCGUUUCGAGUACCAACGAGAUGAAUGCACUCGGCACACAAAUCAACCGCGAUGAUGAGACGAGCGCCGACGACGACCUAGGGAGCAUCCAGCCAUUCGACGAUGCAUUCAUGCAAGCAAAAUUCCAUAAGCUUUGGCUGUGCCACCCUGGUGACAUCGUCCCACCCCUCAUUUGGCCGAAGCACGAAGACGGCAGAGCGAAGCUACUGAAGCACUGGCCUUUAGAGACGAAGAUGGGCCUCACGGACAUUGCUCUACUCAUCAAAGACGUGCCACUGGUGCGGAAGAAGCUUGAAGCACAAGUGGAGGCCCGCCUACUGGCGAGUGGCGAUCUUGUCGACGUACCAUGGCUUCUCCCGGAAGACGUCGAGGCAGUCUACAACAACCUGAUCGACGUCAUACCCCCAAAAGUACGCAAUUCCGCGAAGCGCUGCGCAAACGAUGCCCUUGAUGGUUCACCGGAGAAACGCUCGAAAGUCGACACAGGUCCGCCGAUGUCGACAUUGUCGCAGUGGGGAUAUUCUAUGAUGAUCAAACACGGUGUCUUCGAACCCUUCGAUCGAAAGCCACCCGGCGCCACAGGAGCUCAGCUUGCGGUCUUCCAUUACUGGAAACAGCUGCAUGAGAAGGAUGUGGAGGUCAACUCCCGACACGUUCUGGAGAAAGAGGACCUCAAGCGCCAAGUCAAACGCUAUCUCUCAGAUCCAUACGUUGAUCCGAUGGAGGCGCUGAACGAACUCUACCAGCAGCUUACCGAGGGGAAGCCAUCUCAGCAGAUGGGUACUGAUGAUGUAGAGCAAUUUGAGCUAGAGAUCGAGGAACUGGAGAGAGAGUCCGAGGAACUGGGGUUCUAG